AUGCAGAGCAAGAUCCGAGAUAUGCAAUCUAUGAUGCACAGUGCAACCACUUUGGCACCGGACAUCCCCCGAGUAAUCGAGGAGUCAAAGCGAACUCCUUUCUCUCAUCAGAUAGCCAGAGUUCGCGUUAAGGAUAUUGGGAAAAUAAAACUCAUGAGCUACGAGGGAAAAAGAGAUCCGACUACGCAUCUCAAAACCUUCUUGCUCACGGUUAGCCAUGUGGACCUCGAGCUCGAUGAAGCAGAUGCCGGUUACUGUAAGUUGUUCGCAGAAAUGUUUUGCGGACCUACUCUGCUCUGGUUCUCAUCCCUGGCUGCUGGCUACGUUAACAAUUUCAUGGAGUUAUCAACUUCGUUUAUCAAACAAUAUUCUAGCUUGAUUGAAACAGCGGUAACAUAUGCCCAACUUUGGAACUUGAACCAAACUGCGGGGGAAUCACUUCGCUCGUAUAUAACUAAGUUCAAAGAAAUCCAAAUCCAGAUUCCAGGGCUUUCAAAUUCAACUGCCUUGUCUGCCCUGAAGAACGGUCUGUGGCAUGAGUCUCGCUUCCGCGAAGAAUUAACUGUGAAUCAGUUCGCUACCAUCCAAGACGCUUUGCAUCGGGCUUCGAACUGGAUAGUUGCAGAAGAGGAAAAAGCGGCUGCGGCCCAAAAACAUAAAGUUACUUCCAAACCUGGGUUUGAAGUACCUGCUAAGAAGACUCCUCCGUCAACUCCGAAGUCCGGGCUCAGUACCUUCGCCAUGGAUAAGUCUCCACAAAAAGGUUCUCCUAGGAGUUCACCAUCCAACCCACCGGUCUCACCAUGCUCUAAGAGCGGAAUGCUCCCAAGUAACAAGUGUGUUCGAGACGAGAACGUGUACUGCAAACUGCACAAAGUAAAUGGGCACUCAACCCGGGACUGCAAGAAAUUGAUGCACCUUCUCGCAGAAAAAUUUGUGUCUGGUGAAAUGUCAAGCGUGACUAUCAGCGAGCUUGAUCAAAAAGCAGCAUCCGAAGCCGAUGAGGAUGCCCCACCAAUGAAGAAGCUAAAGCAGGCUGAUGGUGAUACAGCUCCCAAGAAGAGGAUAGACGUCAUCAUGGGUGACUCGCACCUUUUCCGCAACUCGAUCACAGCAAUAAAGGAUCACCAGCAGAAAUUCACAAACCCAGAGCCCAAGCGAAUUAAAGUUACUACAAGUGACUUACCCGAAGUCACCUUCUCGGAGAAAGAAACCAAAGACCUGAGUACUCUGCACGACGACGCACUGGUAAUAUCAUUGGAUGUUGCGAAUCACAAAGUGUGCCGGAUUCUGAUAGACACCGGGAGUUUGGUAGACUUAAUUUUCUUGGAGACACUAGAAUGGGCAUUGGAAGAGAGCACAUCGCGGGUCCCCCUUCCCCUUCAGUCUCGUUCACAAGUGAAACAUCUAUGUCAUUGGGUACAAUAA